AUGGAUGAGGCAUCGCUAGGCUUCGGCGCGUUUGGUGUUCCGGCGCCUCUUGCGCAGCCGCAAGGGAUCGCCUGUACCGGUAACCAAGGAGGCAACGAGCUUCCCGCAACUUCAAGCUUCGGAGCAAUGGAUCACUUCAACGCAACAGUGAAGGACGGAAAGUUGGUCAAGACGCGGCGAGGACUACAGGUAUCGAGGCAAAGGUUCAACGGGCUGUCUUUUGUUAACGCAUCCCCCCGCGACACGACCGCCGGGCCCGGCCCAUCAGGGGCAACGGGAGCUCUGAGCUCGUCACAACAAGAGAUCAAGUUCGUCGAAGAGGGCAGCGAAUCCCAAAGCGAAGGGAGUUACCGGAAGGAUGCCGCGCAUUCGGAGUCUUCGGGCGGGGCCCAGGGGUCAAGACGGAGGCGGAGGGCAACCCGGAGAGGAAAAUCGCCGGUGACGUCCGGGGCAGGAACACCAUCCCGACCCUCCCCGACACCCUUCGAGGAGCGUAGCUUUCAAAUCGGGCAACCUGCCGAAAGCCAGGACAUACUCCACAUCGACCCAACCCUCGACAGCUCAGCCACGGGAACAACGGGCGACGCCGCCUCUGAUCCGGAGUCUCCCUUGUCAGACGAAGACCGGGCACUGUUCAGCCGUUAUUUCGACUGUACGCCGCGCAACAUGUAUCCCGAUGAAAGCAUCCUGGCCUAUAAUCCCUCGAGAGAACCCGAUUUCUACUCCAUGGUCACGGGGGACAGGGCUGCUCAGCACUGCGUUCUCAUGUGCGGGAGCAUUGCGGUAGCCGUCGACACGCAAACGGAACCGAAAGAUCUCGCAUACCACAUAUCCAAGAUAUGUGCCAUUCUGAACCGGAAACUCAACCAACAGCACGCCGCCGACGCGGUAACUCUGCAUUGUAUCGCAAAGUUGGCUUGUGUGGGGUGUUAUGUCGGCCGUCUCGAUCAUUGGCAACUUCACAUGUCGGGGCUCCAAAAAGUCCUCGACUUGAAUGGGGGCAUGGCUGGGCUGCCGCCGUGGUUGCUGGCAGAGAUGUACAAAGCCGAUCUUCGAGGCGCCGUCGCCCUCGUAUCCAGCCCGUACCUCUCCUUCACUCGACAAUACAGCCCAAUCUCUGACGUCGUCCCUCCCGAACAAUCCGUCUCGCCCGCCGAUUCCCCAACACCGUCGUCUUCGAACCCCACGCAUUCACCGAAGAAUGGCAAGCCCUCACGCACGCGCUCCUCUCCCAGCCUGGGCCUCUCCGCGACGAUCCCUCCCCUUCUAACCUCUACUCAACCGAGCUCUCCAACCCGGGCAGCUACAUCUCCAACCACCGCCUCCUCGCCUCCGUCCCCAUCGCCCCAGCCCAAGACGGCAGCGACAACCCGCUCGAACCCGCCCUGCGCCUAG